AUGGCUCCAGCCAAAGCCGUGGAGGAGAAGGGCGAGUCCUCAACAGCCGCAGUCAAAAAAGCAGUGUCAGCGAAUGCAAAUGGCGCCCCAAACUACGAGCUACCAUGGGUUGAAAAGUACAGACCUGUAUUCCUAGAUGAUGUGGUUGGUAACACCGAGACAAUCGAGCGGUUAAAAAUCAUCGCAAAGGACGGCAACAUGCCACACGUCAUCAUUUCCGGAAUGCCGGGUAUCGGAAAGACUACCAGUGUUCUCUGCUUGGCCAGGCAACUUCUGGGGGAUUCCUACAAGGAGGCAGUAUUAGAACUAAACGCCAGUGACGAGCGAGGAAUCGACGUGGUUCGAAACCGAAUCAAGGGGUUUGCUCAAAAGAAAGUGACACUCCCAUCAGGCCGACACAAGCUAGUGAUUCUUGACGAGGCCGACAGCAUGACGUCUGGCGCACAGCAGGCCCUGAGGCGCACGAUGGAGAUCUACUCCAACACUACGAGAUUCGCUUUUGCGUGCAAUCAGUCCAACAAAAUUAUAGAGCCUCUGCAGUCACGAUGCGCGAUCCUCCGGUACGCCCGCCUAACGGACGCGCAGGUAGUCAAACGAUUACUGCAGAUCAUUGAGGCCGAGAAGGUCGAGUACAGCGACGAUGGGUUGGCCGCUCUAGUCUUUAGCGCUGAGGGUGACAUGCGUCAGGCCAUCAACAAUCUGCAGUCGACGUACUCUGGGUUCGGGUUCGUGAGCGGCGACAAUGUUUUCAAGGUCGUCGACUCGCCGCAUCCGAUCAAGGUCCAGGCAAUGCUAAAGGCUUGCCACGAGGGCAACGUCGACUCGGCGCUCGACGCGCUGCGGGAGCUGUGGGGACUGGGAUACUCGAGCCACGACAUAAUCAGUACCAUGUUCAAGGUCACCAAGACGAUACAGACGCUAAGUGAACAUACCAAGCUGGAGUUCAUCAAGGAGAUUGGCUUUGCGCACAUGAAGAUCCUCGAGGGCGUGCAGACGCUACUACAACUGAGUGGCUGUGUGGUCAGGCUAUGCAAGUUGAAUAUGGAUCCGAAAAAGUUUGAAAUACCCAAGAAGUAA